AUGAGUGCGCCGCUAUAUCUGGCGGCUUUGCUCCCCUUCUCUGUUGUAAUGGUCGAGUCAUCGGAUGAGAUAUACGCAGCAUGUAAUGUGGUGAAUUACUCCAACGGAUCUCAGUUUGAUACCAACGUGGAGGCGCUCUUAAAAAACCUGACAGAGAAAGCAGCCUACAUUGGCUUCGGCGCUUCUGUUUAUGGGCUGGAAACGUCUAGCCACGUGUCAGGGCACCUCCAAUGCAGAGGAGAUUUGUCUCCAGCUGACUGUGGUGCGCGCUCAACGGAGGCAAUGAAGGUCGUCCACUACAACUGCCCCAAUGCCAUUGGUUCCCGUGUCCAGCUGGAGCAUAGCUUCCUUCGCUACGAGAAUUACACCUUCAUCUCAGAUUAA